UGCACUCCAACAACAAUGUCGUCCUUUAUUCUGUGUGCGGUUCUCCUGUGGGGCCUGCCCUGGUGUGUGUCUGCUGACAGAAACGACAGGCCCGUCAUUGGGGUUCUGGCUCAGGAGGUCUACGAGCCCAAACCGAACCAGUCGGCCUACAUUGCAGCCUCUUACGUGAAGUUUGUGGAGGCAGCUGGAGCCCGGGUGGUGCCCGUCAUGAUUAACCAGACUUUGGAAGACUACACGAAGCUGUUCAACUCCAUUAAUGGGAUCCUGUACCCGGGUGGGGGCGUCAGCAUCAUCUCGUCGGGUUACCAAAGGGCAGCCAAAAUCUUUUACAAUCUGGCUAUCGAGGCCAACAAGAGGGGCGACCACUUCCCCGUGUGGGGCACCUGUCUGGGAUUUGAGCAGCUGGUGUAUUUGACCAGUGGGAAGUUUUCGCUGUCGCACACCAACACCAGCGGCGUGGCGCUGCCUCUGAACUUCACUGAAGAUGCAAAGGGCAGCAGGAUGUUCAAAGGCUUCCCUCCCGAACUCAUGGCAGCUCUGGCUUCUGAGCCUCUGACAGAAAACUCCCACCAGUGGAGUUUGGCCACGCGGACCUACAACACGAACGAGGACCUGAAGAACUUUUACAAAGUCCUCUCUACGAACACUGACGGAACCGUGGAGUUUGUGUCCACCUUUGAAGCGUAUGAUUAUCCCAUUUAUGGGACGCAGUGGCAUCCAGAGAAGAACGCGUUCGAGUGGACGAGGCCUUAUAUUCCUCACUCUCCAGCUGCAGUGAAGGCAACCUUCUACAUGGCAGAAUUCUUCGUCAGUGAAGCCAGGAAGAGCUUUCAUAGGUUUGAAUCUGUGGAGGAGGAGAACAAAGCUCUGAUUUACAAUCACAGUCCUGUUUACACCGGGACCAAGGGUGCAUUUGAGCAAAUCUAUUUAUUCUGA